GCUGGGGCUGGCGCGGCGCGGCCUCGGGGCAGCCCAUGGGGCGCGGGGGGCCGGGCCGGUGACGCCGGACGCCCAUGGACGCCCCUGCGGAGCCGCUGCCGCCGGUGAUCUACACCAUGGAGAACAAGCCCAUCGUUACCUGUGCUGGAGAUCAGAAUUUAUUUACCUCUAUUUAUCCAACGCUUUCCCAGCAGCUUCCGAGAGAACCGAUGGAAUGGAGAAGGUCCUAUGGCCGGGCUCCAAAGAUGAUUCACCUGGAAUCUAACUUUGUUCAGUUCAAAGAGGAGCUGCUGCCCAAAGAGGGAAACAAAGCCCUGCUCACUUUCCCCUUCCUCCACAUCUACUGGACGGAGUGCUGCGAUACUGAAGUGUAUAAAGCUACAGUAAAAGACGACCUUACCAAGUGGCAGAAUGUUCUGAAAGCUCAUAGCUCUGUGGACUGGUUAAUAGUGGUAGUUGAAAAUGAUGCCAAGAAAAAAAACAAAACCAACAUCCUUCCCCGAACUUCUAUUGUGGACAAAAUAAGAAAUGAUUUUUGUAAUAAACAGAGUGACAGGUGUGUCGUGCUCUCUGACCCCUUGAAGGACUCUUCUCGAACUCAGGAAUCCUGGAAUGCCUUCCUGACCAAACUCAGGACAUUGCUUCUUAUGUCUUUUACCAAAAACCUAGGCAAGUUUGAGGACGACAUGAGAACCUUGAGGGAGAAGAGGACUGAGCCAGGCUGGAGCUUUUGUGAAUAUUUCAUGGUUCAGGAGGAACUUGCCUUUGUUUUUGAGAUGCUGCAGCAGUUUGAAGAUGCCCUGGUGCAGUACGACGAACUGGAUGCCCUGUUUUCUCAGUAUGUGGUCAACUUUGGUGCUGGGGAUGGUGCCAACUGGCUGACUUUUUUCUGCCAGCCGGUGAAGAGCUGGAAUGGAUUGAUCCUCCGAAAGCCCAUAGAUAUGGAGAAGCGUGAACUGAUACAGAGGCAAGAAGCUACCCUGUUAGAUCUGCGCAGUUACCUGUUUUCUCGCCAGUGCACCCUGCUCCUCUUCCUGCAGAGGCCGUGGGAGGUGGCUCAGCGCGCCCUAGAGCUGCUGCACAACUGUGUGCAGGAACUGAAGCUUUUAGAAGUCUCUGUCCCGCCCGGCGCUCUGGACUGCUGGGUGUUUCUGAGCUGUCUGGAGGUGUUGCAGAGGAUAGAAGGCUGCUGUGACCGGGCGCAGAUAGACUCGAACAUUGCCCACACUGUGGGUUUAUGGAGCUAUGCCACGGAGAAGCUAAAGUCCUUGGGCUAUCUGUGUGGACUUGUGUCAGAAAAAGGACCCAACUCAGAAGACCUCAAUAGGACAGUUGAUCUUUUGGCGGGUUUGGGAGCUGAGCGACCUGAAACAGCCAACACAGCUCAGAGUCCUUAUAAGAAACUCAAAGAAGCGUUAUCAUCGGUAGAAGCUUUUGAAAAACACUACUUAGAUUUGUCCCACGCUACCAUUGAAAUGUAUACAAGUAUUGGGAGGAUUCGAUCUGCUAAGUUCGUUGGGAAGGAUCUGGCAGAGUUUUACAUGAGGAAAAAGUUGCCACAAAAGGCAGAAAUGUAUCUUCAAGGAGCCUUGAAAAAUUACCUGGCUGAGGGCUGGGCUCUACCUAUCACACACACAAGGAAGCAACUAGCCGAAUGUCAGAAACACCUGGGACAAAUUGAAAACUACCUUCAGACCAGUAGCCUUUUAGCGAGCGAUCGCCACUUAUCUGAAGAGGAACGGAAAUACUUCUGCCGAGAGAUACUCAACUUUGCCAGCCAACAGCCAGCCAGCCCAGGUCACAAAAUAGUACUCCCUAUGCAGUCUUUUGCACAACUGAGAGAUCUCCAUUUCACCCCUUCCAAUGCCGUGGUCCAUGUGGGCGGUGUUUUGUCCGUGGAGAUAACCGUGUGCAGUCAGAUGCCCGUCGCUGUCCACGUGGAGCAGAUUGCCAUCAACGUCCAUUUCAGCAUCGAGAAAAACAACUACCGGAAGACUGCUGAGUGGCUCACCAAGCACAAGACAUCCAAUGGGAUUAUUAACUUUCCGGUGGAGACCUCGCCUUUCCCCGAAUCCCAGAACAGCUUACCGGCGCUGGAGCUGUAUGAAACGUUUGAGAGAAGUCCUUCCGACAAUUCCUUGAACACAACUGGGAUUAUAUGCAAAAAUGUUCACAUGCUCCUGAGAAGGCAGGAGAGCAGUACUUCUCUGGAGACACCCUCAGGUGUGGCCCUGGAGGACGGGGCCCACGUGCUAAAAUGCAGCAGUGUGACUCUGGAACCAGGGGCCAACACGAUCACAUUCAGGACGCAGGCCAAGGAGCCGGGAACAUACACGCUGCGGCAGCUGUGCGCCUCGCUGGGCCCGGUGUGGUUUGUCCUCCCUCACAUCUACCCCCUGGUGCAGUACGACGUGUACUCCCAGGAGCCGCAGCUGCACGUGGAGCCACUCGCCGAUAGCCUUUUGGCUGGUAUUCCUCAGAAGGUCAAGUUCACUGUCACUACUGGUCAUUAUACAGUAAAAAACGGGGACAGCCUCCAGCUCAGCAACGCAGAAGCCAUGUUCAUCCUGUGUCACGCAGAGAACAGAGCGGUGAUCUCUUCCAAUACGAGAGAAAAAGCUUCUGAUGCGUCGUUCCGGGUUCAGUCGUCUGACAAGGUCACAAGCAUUAGUCUGCCUGCUGCGCCUGCAUACCACAUGAUCGAAUUUGAACUGGAAGUUCUCUCUUUACCUUCAGCCCCAGCAACUGGAGGGGAGAGCAAAAUGCUGGGGAUGACAGAGCCCCAAAGGAAGCAUAAGGACACACAGAAAGCUGCCCACUGCAUGGCUACCACAGACCACAAAGUCUCCAUCGAUUGUCCGUGGUCCAUCUACUCCACUGUCAUCGCACUGACAUUCAGCGUACCCUUCAGGACCAGACACUCCCUGCUGUCAGCUGGAACACGGAAAUAUGUUCAAGUUUGUGUCCAGAAUUUGUCAGAACUGGACUUCCAGCUGUCAGAUAGUAAACUUGUAGAUACCAGUGGUAGUACCGACCUGCAGCUAAUACCACUCAACACGACAUCCCAGCAGCACAUCUACAGCAAGCAGUUGGUGUUCUUCGUCUGGGAGCUGAAGUGGACCCGGGAGCCGCCCCCCUCUCUGCAUUGCCAGUUCUCCGUGGGAUUCUCCCCAGCUUCUGAGGAACGCCUGUCUAUCUCCUUAAAGCCGUAUACUUAUGAAUUUCAAGUGGAAAAUUUUUUUACGUUGUAUAAUGUGAAAGCUGAGAUACUGCCCCCUGUGGGCACGGAGCACUGUAAGACGGGCUCGCUCUGCUCUCUGGAGGUGUCCAUCACACGGCUCUCGGACCUCUUGGAGGUGGACAAGGACGAAGCCCUGACGGAAUCCGACGAGUACUUCUCCACCAAGCUUAUGUAUGAAGUUGUCGACAACAGUAGUAACUGGGCAGUCUGUGGGAAAAGUUCUGGUGUCAUCUCCAUGCCUGUGGCCGCUCAGGCCACGCACAGAGUCCACAUGGAGGUGAUGCCCCUCUUUGCGGGUUACCUCCCCCUUCCGGACGUCAGGCUGUUUAAAUACCUCCCCCACCAUUCCGCGCACUCCUCACAACUGGACGCCGACAGCUGGAUAGAAAAUGACAGCCUGUCGGUGGACAAGCAGGUGGAUGACCAGCUGGACAGCAGCAGCCUCAGGAGCAGGGCCAGCGUGCACUCAGCCACCGGCAGCGAGCACAAAGGCUUGCCCAUGCCCCGGCUCCAGGCACUGCCGCCCGGCCAGGUCUUCAACUCCAGCACCGGCACGCAGAUCCUGGUCAUCCCCAGCAAGGACGACCAUGUUCUGGAAGUCAGUGUCACAUGACCAGGCCUUGGGUGGACACACGCCCCGGACUGGUGUGAGCGCACGCGCAGGGAUCCUGACUCGUUUGUUCUCCAGUGUAACAUUCUCGCUCGAACCGGACUUGGUGAUUCUGCCUGGCCAUGGACGAGUCAGAGAAUUUCCGCGUACAGCUGGUCAGCUGAGUUACAUUGUUAUUUCUCUGUUGUCUGUGGUGUCCGAUUACUUGUCGUUUUUUCAUCUCCCUCGUGUCCCCCAGUGUGCCCAGAGCCCCACUUCCCGCCGUCACUCCCUGCUCAUGAAGGAUCCCUGAGUCUCUCUCGCCGGAGCAGCCUGUCUGCCGGUCUUGGUGGAAGUCCGUGUGUCUUUCAGGUAGACAGAGCAGGCUUUGUCGUCUUCUUAGUGACACGCGUGUGCCUUUCUGGUCACACGGCUGCCCAAUUUCUGGACCAGGUGGAUUUGUGAAUCUCUUGAGGAGUGAAACACAGUCCUUUACCCCAGAUCAUCUAGUUGUGCUUUUCUAGAAUAACACCCUUGUAGGGCAGGUGGGUGGGUGAGGGGUGGGGUGGGGAGGGAACAUAACCCCUUCUGUGCCUUGGGCUGUCCCACUGGGCGGGCCUGGAGCCUCCACACGCUGGAGCCAUUGUGAAGGUACUUGAAGAAGACUAGACAAGGGCAUAAGGAACAACUCGCUAUUGAAAUAGUUUAGGAUUAAAUGUUUCUGGAACCCUUUUUCCCAUAAUGUUGACGGAAUAUCAUAUGCACUUGGACUUAAAUAUAUAUUUAUUUUAAUUAUCAUUAUAUAUGUGGGGGUUAAUGUGUUGUUUUUCUCUCACCUUUAAACCUAGUCUUUACCUGUAAUUGUAACUGUGUGUAAUCAAUAUUUUUCUUUUGCACCUUAAAUCUUAGAGAUUAAGAGGUUUAAAUAAAGAUUAGAAGGGUCCUCUCAGUGUAUUUCUAGUCUAACGAAAGUCUUGGAAUAUUUUCUGCUGGUCCACUAAAUUGCAGUCAUACCAUACCAAUAGAUUAAUUUGCUUUUGGUUGUAAAUUUGAUUGUACAUAUGGUUGAUUUAUUAUUUUUAAAAGUACAAACUAACUGAUGUAAUGUUUAUGUAUAAGUUGCACCAAAAAUCAAGGACAAAAUAAACGUGUGUUUGUUUUUACUAGUGUGAAAGUCACAGCUUGUAAAUAAGUGUUGUAUGUAUUAAACCUUUUCCAGCUCUCCAAA